AUGCUGACCGAUCGUGCUGCUGCUUUGCACCUUCUCCGGCAAGAGACGAUAGAAUUCGACAAAGUCCAGACCGACCAGCGAAUCCAGAGAAGCAUGUAUCAGGCAAUGCUUUCGGACUGCCGUGAGCUUAGUGCCCUCCUUGAAGAGGAGGCCGCCACUUCGACUGAUGCUUCUGCACAAGGACAACUUGGCGGUGCCAGCGAUCAACGCGCUCCAAGAGAAAGUGGACGUGAGGGAUACUACGAAGACGAUCGUGUGGAUCCCAAUGGUCGUACCGACCUUGUGACCUACAUUGAAAGCUUGAAGCUGGACGAAGAGCAUGCGCCUCGGGAAUGCUAUAUCUGCAUGGUAGACACAAUUUACUCUCUAACGACCGAAGUCGGCGAAUGCAACCACGUUUGGUGCCGCGGCUGCCUUGUGCGGGCACUUGACCUGGCUACAAAGAACGAGAGCCACUAUCCUGUACGAUGCUGCGGCCAAUCUCCAAGCAUUCCUCUCGACCAUCCUGGUGUUGCUACUCUGGUCGGAGCUGAAGCCAUUCCGGCAGUCGAGGCCAAAAUCGUCGAAUAUGGAACCGAGGACAAGACUUAUUGCCACGACGCAGGAUAUUCUGCAUUCAUCGCCCCCGCCACAAUCGACGAAACAAAGGCCACCUGUCCUAUGUGCCUGAAAACCACCUGUGCUCGAUGUAAGGCGGAGUUUCACGAAGGCGAGGACUGCAAGACCGUCAAUGACGAAGCCUUCGAACAGUGGCAACGGGACAACGAAUCGGCAACUUGUUACGCCUGUCAUAGAGUCAUUAUCAUAUCUCAUGGUGCUUCUGUGGCGCUGAAUUCUGCUAUGAAUGCAACAACACCUGGAAGACGUGUCAAUGCCAACGCUGGCACGAAAAUCGCCUUCUCGAACGUGCUGCCGUGGUCGCCGGGCGCCAGGCGGAGCGCCAGGGACAACCUGCCGACGUCCAGCGUGCUAUUGCGGAGCUGCGUAAUGAAGAACCAUGUCGCCACACCGGCUGGACUCGAGUUGUGCUGCGUCCUAAUGUGGGAUCUCAUGUUUGUGCAGAUUGUCAUUGGGAGAGUCACUUCUUUUUGUGGCUAUGUGAUGGAUGUAAUAUGCGUGUAUGCACGAGAUGCAGACGAGACUACUAGCGUUGCUGGCAACCGUGCAAGAGGUGAGAUUACGAGGUCAAACGUGCAGAGCUUGCUGUUUGGACAAUGUCGAGUGAGGUAUGUCCUAGUCUUGGACCAUACCUACCCACUGGAGAUGUAA